AUGAUGGGCUGCUCAGGGAAAAUUUGUGUCACAGGCGCAAACAGCUUCAUCGGUGCCUACUGCGUCGCCGAGCUUCUCAAGAACGGCUACCAGGUUGUGGGCACGGUAAGGUCAAGCGAAAAGGCUUCGCUGCUUGAGGGAGUUCAUGGCCACAAUCCUAACCUUAGCGUUGCCAUCGUCCCGGACAUCACUGCCACAGGCGCAUUCGACGAGGCUCUCAAAGGCUGCACUGGAGUCCUCCACCUAGCAUCACCGUUUGGAUUCUCUUACAACGAUUUCGAGACCGAGUUGUUGCGUCCGAGCAUUCGAGGCACAGAGACGAUCUGUGAAAGCGCGACUGCAACUCCAACAGUCAAGCGAGUGGUGGUGACAAGCAGUUUCGCUGCGGUUUACGAUGCGUCUAAGGGCCUUUGUCCUGGGAAGGUUUACACCGAAGAAGACUGGUCUCCACUGACCUACGAGGACGGCAAGAACGCGCCAAUGGCGGCCGUGGCGUACAGAGCCAGCAAGAAGCUGGCUGAAGAAGCGGCAUGGAAAUACGUCCGCAAGGAGAAGCGCACAUGGGAGCUCGUGACCUUGUGUCCCGGCAUGGUAUUCGGCUCUCUCUUUCCUGGCACGCUUCAGUCUGUGAAGGGUUUGAAUGCCAGCAAUCAGAUCAUCUGGAGUCUCAUGGAUGUCAAUCAAGUGCCUGAGACAAGAGCGCCUUUGUGGACGUCCGUCAAGGCCCUCGCCAGAGCACAUGUAGCGGCCUUGGAAGCACCAGGUGCGGCCGGUGAGAGGUUCCUUGUCAUCAAUGGGAACUUUGACAACCAGCAGCUCGCGAAUGCCAUACACAGCUCAAGCCACAUAACCGAUGCGGUGAAAUCUCGCGUGCCCAUCGGAAGCCCGGGAGAGACACUCGAUGGCAAGGUAUACACAUCUGAUAGCAGUAAGGCAGGAAAUAUUCUCGGUUUUAAGCCGUGUGUUCCUGGUGAGGAGUUGGCGGACCUCGUAGCCGACCUAGUGCUUCAAGUUGUAGGCGUUGAGAAGGAAACGGUAUGA